GCAUGACGCUGGACCAAUCAGAAGGCGCUAUUCCGAAAGUUUACCUUUUAUGGCUCGAGCCGGGCAACUGACGCUGUAUAAAAAACAAGCGCCCACAGUUAACGGAUUCACUCUGAGCGCCGACACACGCAGCUUGUGCGGGAUAUCAUUUGCCUAAAACCGGUUCCCUUAAAGCGAAAAGCCCCCCCACCCAAAGUUCAGCCAUGGAAGAUGAAAUCGCCGCACUGGUUGUUGACAACGGAUCCGGUAUGUGCAAAGCCGGUUUCGCCGGAGAUGACGCCCCUCGUGCCGUCUUCCCCUCCAUCGUCGGUCGCCCCAGACAUCAGGGAGUGAUGGUUGGUAUGGGCCAGAAGGACAGCUAUGUUGGUGAUGAAGCCCAGAGCAAGAGGGGUAUCCUGACCCUCAAGUACCCCAUUGAGCACGGUAUUGUGACCAACUGGGAUGACAUGGAGAAGAUCUGGCAUCACACCUUCUACAACGAGCUGAGAGUUGCCCCCGAGGAGCACCCUGUCCUUCUCACAGAGGCCCCCCUGAACCCUAAAGCCAACAGGGAGAAGAUGACCCAGAUCAUGUUCGAGACCUUCAACACCCCCGCCAUGUACGUUGCCAUCCAGGCUGUGCUGUCCCUGUAUGCCUCUGGUCGUACCACUGGUAUCGUCAUGGACUCCGGUGAUGGUGUGACCCACACAGUGCCCAUCUAUGAGGGCUAUGCCCUGCCCCACGCCAUCCUGCGUCUGGACUUGGCUGGCCGUGACCUCACAGACUACCUCAUGAAGAUCCUGACAGAGCGUGGUUACUCAUUCACCACCACAGCUGAGAGGGAAAUCGUGCGUGACAUCAAGGAGAAGCUGUGCUAUGUCGCCCUGGACUUCGAGCAGGAGAUGGGCACUGCUGCCUCCUCUUCCUCCCUGGAGAAGAGCUACGAGCUGCCUGACGGGCAGGUCAUCACCAUCGGCAAUGAGAGGUUCCGUUGCCCAGAGGCCCUCUUCCAGCCUUCCUUCCUCGGUAUGGAGUCCUGCGGAAUCCACGAGACCACCUACAACAGCAUCAUGAAGUGUGAUGUCGACAUCCGUAAGGACCUGUACGCCAACACUGUGCUGUCUGGAGGUACCACCAUGUACCCCGGCAUCGCAGACAGGAUGCAGAAGGAGAUCACAGCCCUGGCCCCAUCCACCAUGAAGAUCAAGAUCAUUGCCCCACCAGAGCGUAAAUACUCUGUCUGGAUCGGAGGCUCCAUCCUGGCCUCUCUGUCCACCUGGAUUAUGCUGACCUUGUUACAGCCGUGUUACCUGGCUCAGCUGUCUGGAUUUGAAAUUGUGAAUGAAAAGGUCAAAGCUGUGCAGCUUUACAGCAGCCCCAUUGGUCGGGCCACCGAUCCACCAGGCAUGCAGGUCUCAUCCUCCUCCAACAGAUGGGGGCGCUGCAGUACAUUAGCCUGUCUGGCCCAAAAACUGGGUGAAAGUCGGAGCGAUUUGGAGAACAAAGGCUGGCUUGGUCCCCUCGGACAGCCCGGGACGGGACCUCGCUCUGAUCUCCGCCUGGUAAUUCCCUCUCCGGGUCCCGUCAAGGAGGGAGGGGGGCGGGGGGGACAGGCGCUGCGAGCAGGCGGGUCGGGCCUGCCGCUGAGCGGCCUCUUCCAGUGCUCUGCUCGGUGGUAA